ACUUUACGCUCUCCGUUUGUGUUCAUGCAUCAAAUCUAAAACCAACUGAGAAUAUAAACCAAUGAAAUUGUCCAGUUCUCUAUCAUGUGAUAAUGAUGUUUGUAUUCAUUAAGACACAAAAGGUCAUUUCAUAAGUGGACUUUGUCUUCGACCAUCAUAUUGGCCAGUCAUAUCCGUAGGACAAAACAGUCGGUUACACUUAAGUGCAUAAAUUUGUGUAUUAUCACUGUUUCUGUAUAGCAGUAUUUAAAACAAGCUUAUUGUAAAAGAAAUACUAUGGUUCAGUUGUAGAAUGCUCACCAACCACAUCAGCGGUUAGGGUUCGAUUCCCGGCCGACACACUCCUAAACCUUGCCCUAGCUGACAGCAUACCUGAAGAAUGAGGAAGGUAGGGUUUUUCGGGGCUAGCGGCACCACUUCAGAGACUACAAAGUUUGAAGCCCUAUGUUCCACUUGGGACAUAAAGAAUGAGCAGUAAAACCAAAUUUCGUAAACAUUACACUUGUUAUAUGCCUGUUUCUCAAGAGGAAAUUACUUCAUUCUCUAGUCGUUGGACCAACCGCAAACUAUACACCCUCAUGUUUGUCGUUUAUACACCGGACGAAUCAAGUAAAGAACGCCCAUUGGUUAUUAACGAUUCAGGCUGUGAAGUUCAUCCUGAAGAAUUGUGCACAAAUGAUGAGAAUACAUCCUGGUUACUAUUAGGCUUAAAACAACGUGGUUUUGGCAAAGGCAGAUGGAAUGGUUUCGGUGGUAAAGUUCAAUCGGAUGAUGCGAAUCCUAAAGCUGCUGCACUUCGAGAGUUAGAAGAGGAGUCUGGUUUGGUCAUUACGGCGUCUGCAGUUGAGGAUGUUGGUCGUCUAUGGUUUACAUUCACGGAAACAACUGAGUGUAUGGAAGUACAUGUAUUUAUUUGUAGAAAAUGGAUGCCUAAACACUGUGGUGAUACAGUUAACUGGCCAUGUUAUACUGAGGAAAUGCAUCCGUUUUGGUUUCCGCUGACAACCAACAAGGAUAGUACUGUAGAUACGAAUUACUUACCUUAUAAUCAUAUGUGGCCUGAUGAUAAAAUAUGGCUUCGUUAUAUACUUCAAGGAAAUCUUCUUCUUGGCUGGUUUCAUUUUACUCAAAUUCUCAAUUUGUCUAAUGUAUCCAAUCAAAAUCUGACGGAUUGUUCAACGGAGACAAGAGGUCUUCCUAUUGAUCCGUAUGAAGUGCCAGCUUAUCACUUGGAUAUAUUUACUGAUAAGAAUGAAAUAGCAUCGAAUGGAGAUAACAACUCCAACCACUCCAAUCUCCAAUGGAUUAUUGACCACUUGGGUUUAGAUAAAUGUGAUGAGAAGUUGAAAUUAUGGAUGAAUUUCCCAUUAAAUCAAGUAUCUGCUAUGCCUAUCAUUUCGUCUAUGCUUAUAAAAACUCUAAACUAUCCAUUGAAAGACAAUACCUAAUUUGAAAGGGAAAUAAAUGAACAAUGUUUUGAUAAAAAAAAUAAAUAAAUUGAAAUUAGAAAAGUCAAACGAUUUGUUUUCUCUCUCUCUCCCCCGCCUUUUUUUUUAAAGUAAAUACAGAAUAAGAAUGAUG